AUGAAAGAUUGCGAAUAUCAGCAGAUCGAUCCGCAGGCUCUUCCAACACCCGCUCCGCUCGCCGCACCCGAACCCGAACACGAACCCGGGUCCGACGAGCAAACCCGGCGGCCUCGGAGGAAAUGGGAAGUCUUCCCGGGAAGAAACCGUUUUUACUGCGAUGGAAGAAUCAUCGUGGCUCGACAGACUGGCGUGCUGCCGCUGACUCUGGGUCUGAUCCUCAGCACCAGCGGCCUCUUCUUCAUUUUCGACUGUCCGUUUCUGGUGGAGCACUUGACGAGGACCAUCCCUGUGAUUGGCGCGGUCCUGUUCUUCUUCGUAGUGAUCUCCUUGCUGCAGACCAGCUUCAGUGAUCCCGGGAUACUGCCCAGAGCCACGCCAGCUGAGGCAGCAGAUGUGGAAAAACACAUUGAUAGCUCAGGUUCUUCUACUUACCGUCCUCCUCCGAGAACGAAGGAAGUCGUGAUCAACGACCAAGUUGUGAAGUUAAAAUACUGCUUCACCUGUAAAAUGUUCAGACCACCUAGAACCUCGCACUGCAGCCUCUGUGACAACUGUGUAGAACGCUUUGACCAUCACUGUCCGUGGGUUGGGAACUGUGUUGGAAGACGAAACUACAGAUUUUUUUAUACCUUCAUUCUGUCGCUAUCGUUUCUGACCGCAUUCAUCUUUGGCUGUGUGAUCACGCACCUCACACUACGCUCGCAGAGUAAUGGGGUUAUUCAAGCGCUUCAGGACAGUCCAGCGAGUGUUGUGGAGCUGGUGGUGUGUUUUUUCUCGGUAUGGUCUAUCCUUGGCCUCUCAGGAUUCCACACCUAUCUUGUUGCCUCUAACAUGACCACAAAUGAAGAUAUUAAAGGCUCCUGGUCCAGUAAACAAGGCGUGGAGGAAUCGGGUAACCCCUACAGCUACAGAAAUGUCUUCACAAACUGCUGUGCAGUGCUCUGUGGACCCAUGCCACCAAGUUUAAUUGACAGAAGAGGCUUUGUCGAGGCGGGCAGUGUCACUCCUCCUCCUCCUCCCUCUAUCGUGGGAAAAAAUGACACCAACAUGAAGUGAAACAGAAGCAAUAACUGUUGCAGUUCUUGUAACACCUUGAAACGAGGCGUUUGGACAGUAUGAGGAACAAAUAGAAAAGAGUUCUGUGUGUGAAAAUAUGAUGAGGAACAAACAGAAACAGAGAAGAUUGAACUCUGAAAGGAAGAUGGGCCUCCAGCAGCAGUCCUGUUACUGGGGUGUUUGUGCGUGAGAGAGAGUCACAAACUUUGUUGGUUCAGUAUAAUGUUGAUGGCAUACCACAGUUUUCCCUUAACUCUUGUUUGUAGCAGAACUGCAGACACCAGCCUCUUUCCACUUGAAGCAUUCCUUGCUAAACUGGUGCCUUGAGCAAAGGGAGUCUGGCUCUAUCUUUAACAUUGCCUUGGGUAGCAGAGGAACACAGGGAUUUGGGCUAUAUUGGAGAGUGGUCUUCUUUUGUUGAAGGGAUUUCAAACUAGUCAUUUCAAUUGUGUAUUCAUUUUCGUUUUAAGCAGAUGCAUGAACAGCAGGGCGUGGGCCUUCUGUUACAUGUUUACAUUAAAAUAAUUGGUGGGAAAAUGGUACAUGUACUUAGCUUUUAUGAGAAGGUCUUUUUUUAAAUUAGCUUUGCAUUUCUUUUUUUUUUUUUUUUUUUUACUGAAUUGAUUCAAGUAGGCUGCUUUUAUAUGUACAAGCAUCCAUGCAUAAGGAUCUCUUCCCUGUUAUCAGGGCAGACAGGAAGUGAGAAACAAAGGAUAGAACUGUUGUGUGUGGUUGUUACCUACCCCUGCAAGCACAUUUAGCUUUAAAGAGCCAUUUAGAAAAAUAAUUGAAUUAUUUGAGCCGUUAAUUUCAGUGAAAGAUCAGGGUAAGUGCACAUUUCUGAUUUCCUAUGUUGUGUUGAUUUUUCUUAAUUACAUUAACAUCAUUUCUUGCAGGUUUAGGUCAGAAACGUGUGUUUCAAUGUACUGGCAGGCGACAGAAAAUCUAAAUGGUAGUGAAACCUGCUAAAAUACUAAUGAAAGGUGGACUAAUACAAACCUAGAUUGUGCAAUAUACACAAUGAUUUCAGAACUGGGAUAUCACGAAAACUGGACAGUACGUGAAGUGUAUGUGACACACCGCCUUACCAUGAGGAUUGUUCAGUAAUGCCACCAUUUAAGUAGAAAGACAGUUCACAUCAUGAAUCGUCCUGUGUAUCAUGUAAGGAAAUCUUUAAUGUGGGUGUAAUCGUAGAGUAUGUACACACUUAUCUUUCAAUGACUACGACCCUCUUUUUAAAUAUUUUUGAAAAGGACAAACGCCCAAAGCUGUUAAAAAAAAAAAAGAUUGUGCUUAUGACAUCAAACUGCAUUUUCACACUCUACUGUAAUAUCCAGCUGGCUUCCCUGUUUCCAUGCAGUAUUAGUGGGAAGCUGUGAGAACAGUAUUUCUCUCCUUCUUGCAAAGCUGUUGUGUAUUAAAAUCCUGAUUCCCACUCUCCCUUCCUGCGAGGCUGUAAGCUGGCUUCUGAUGGCACAUGUUAACAUACCGCACUGACACAAGGCAGUACUGAAAGGGUUAGGAGUGUUGUCAUGCUCGGUCUGGCAGUAUUUCAAGAGUUAAACCCCACAGUGCCUUCAAGUGCAUUCUUAGGACUUGCUUCCAGUGGGAUAGCUGGAGACAGGUGUUCUCAGCUGUUUUCUCCAGAAGUAUUAUUUCUCCAAAAUGAAAUACCAGUCCACAUCUAGUAUGGUAUGUGCUGAUGUACCAUACUGGCCAGGAUGAGACUCCAGGAAUAUUUAGAGUUUAUUACAGCGUCAGGAAAGCCACCUGGAUUCCAUAACCAGGGAUCGUGGUUAUGCAGUCCAGGGAGGUUCUCCAGUGUUGUAAAAUAUUCUAAAAUCCAGCUCAUCGGGAUCAUCCGGGCUGGGUAUAGUGCAGUCAGAUCCAACCUCGGGUCUCCUUUCACAGCUUACAAGGUCACAGGCUGACACAAAGGCCCCCUAAUUACAAAGGAAGCAACUUGCAAUAACGGGGGGGGGAUUUACUUCAUAUGUAAAACACUGCAGCGUUUAAUAAACACAUGAUAGUUUUGUUUAUUUUUUUUAAUUUUCAAUUUUUCUUUUUGUUAAUAUACUGUUUUUUAAACCAAGUAGUGUUUGAAAUAGAUCUAUAACAGACACUUUUUUUUUAUGACAAGUAUAUUUUUGUUUAUUGUAUAGUAUAUUUAUAGAUUUUUUUUUCAUACCAAAAUAAAAAAAAAUAAACUUGGUCUUUUAUUAUUAUUAUUUUGUUAGCCACACACAUGCACAUCUAAUAUCUUGAAUUCAUGGUAAAGUUAAAAUACCAGAGUGUGCCAUUACCUUUCACCCAAUCUUAAAAUAGGCUGUAUUAUUAAUCAUAAUAAUGGUACUAAUAAUAGUAAUCACACAUACGUUAUUAUUUAAUAAUACUGUUAACUGGGCAUUGGGAAACAAAGACAGGUUUUAAACAAAGUUCCUCAGAGGUUUGAACUGAUGGGUUAAUUAAAGAAGCAGAGUUGUGUCUUUAAAGAACAUUUUGCCUUUUCCCAAAUUGCUGCUGACCAAAAGGAGUGUUCUCCCUCCAACAAACAAAGGAUUUCUUCUUUAUAUACAUGUGCCCACUCCCCAAUUAGCACCAAUUAACUAAUUGGGGAAUGACCACACCUGUGAUUGCUAGCGGACAGAUUUAACCCUGUCCAUGCCUCUGUCCUGCUACAGGAAGUUUAGACAAUAUCCUCUUAUUUAUCACAUUUCAUAAUGCUAAACAAAA